CGCAGACACCGGUCCGGUACUCGGUGCUGCUGACCUCUCCUAGCCCGCUUCUGGAUACGGGAUGUGUUUUCUCUUAGUUUGGCCUUGAUUUAAUACGGUGUCGGACAUUAGUGCAGCGGACGCAGCGGUGAUCGUAACAGAGCAUGUCCACCAUGGUUUACCCACAUGAGGAGAGACAUGAGAAGCUGACGCAGGAGGAGAUCAUCUCCAGCACUAAACUGGUGAUUCAGGGUCUGGAAGCUCUCAAGAGCGAGCACAACUCCAUCCUGCAGAGUCUGGUGGAGACCAUCCAGUGCUUAAAGAAAGAUGAGGAGGCCAGUUUGGUUCAUGAGAAGUCCAGCCUGCUGCGCAAGUCUGUGGAGAUGAUUGAGCUGGGCCUGGGUGAAGCGCAGGUGAUGAUGGCGCUGUCCAACCACCUGAACGCAGUGGAGUCAGAGAAGCAGAAGCUGCGUGCUCAGGUGCGACGGCUCUGUCAGGAGAACCAGUGGCUGAGGGACGAGCUGGCCAACACCCAGCAGAAGCUCCAGAAGAGCGAACAGAGCGUCGCACAGCUGGAGGAGGAGAAGAAACAUCUGGAGUUCAUGAACCAGCUCAAGAAAUAUGAUGAUGGCCUCUCACCAGAGAAUUGCGAAUUAAUAUCUUGCACUUUAUUUUUUAUUCAGUGGCGGAAACUGGCUUCCAUAGAAAGAAGAUUGCCCACUAGACCUACUGAAAUAAGCAUCUCGAAAUUAGACUUAUUGCAUUUCUUUUUACUCAGGGACCAGAAUAAAUACAAGGAAGCCGCUCAUCUCCUUAAUGAUGCCCUGUCAAUCAGAGAAAAGACCCUGGGCAAUGACCACCCAGCUGUGGCGGCCACCCUCAACAACCUGGCGGUCCUGUACGGAAAGAGAGGAAAAUACAAGGAAGCAGAACCACUGUGCAAGAGAGCCUUGGAGAUCAGAGAGAAGGUGUUGGGGCGGGAGCACCCAGACGUGGCCAAGCAGCUGAAUAAUCUGGCUCUGCUCUGUCAGAAUCAGGGGAAGUAUGAGGAGGUGGAGUAUUAUUACUGCAGGGCUCUAGAUAUCUACGAGAAAAAACUGGGACCCGACGACCCCAAUGUCGCCAAGACCAAAAACAACCUGGCUUCAUGCUAUCUGAAACAGGGCAAGUACAAGGAAGCUGAGAUCCUCUACAAAGAGAUCCUGACGCGCGCCCACGAGAAAGAGUUUGGAUCUGUAGAUGCUGAAAAUAAACCCAUCUGGAUGCAUGCUGAGGAAAGACAAGAGAGCAAAGGAAAGCUGGCAGAUGGGAAUCAUUAUGGGGAAUACGGUGGCUGGUACAAAGCCUGCAAGGUGAACAGCCCCACGGUAAACACCACGCUGAGGAACCUGGGCGCUCUGUACCGGAAGCAGGGGAAAAUAGAGGCGGCUGAGACCCUAGAGGAGUGUGCCGUGAGGUCCCGCAGACAGGGAGCGGCAGUGGAUCCUCAGAGAGAUGGAGAAAGGCGGAGGAGCACUGCAUCCAUCUCCAGCGUGAAGUACGACUGCAGCAAUGACGCCGGAGAAGAGGGCAGUGUGGAGUGGAAUGGGGACGGUUCUCUCAGGAGAAGCGGCUCUUUCGGGAAACUCAGGGAAGUCCUGCGCAGAAGCAGCGAGAUGCUGGUGAAGAAAAUCCAAGGAACCAUGCCGCCAGAGCCUCACAGCACAAACAUGAAGAGAGCCGCGUCCCUCGGUUAUCUGAACAGUAACGGAGAUGAGGGCGACUCUUUUCAGGGUUCGGGAGCAGCGAGGACGCUGAGAAACAGCAGGCCUCUGAGCUCAAGCACAGUGGAGCUGUACAAAAGCACAGACCAAUGAAAAAUACAUACAUGUUCUGACUCAUUUCUUACUAGAUUUGUAGGAGGAUUUGGUUCAUGUGCUUUCAAUCAUGAACGCUUUUGGCUUUUGGUCUGAGUUUACACAUAUAAAUCAUGCAUGUUUCUUUUUCUUCAAGGAAUGGUUCGUCCAGAAAUGAAAACUUAUUCUCAUGUGGACCACAAAAAACACAUUUAACUAGCAGCUCUUUUUCUGUAAAAUAAAAGUGAAUGGAAAUGGGUGCCGUCAGACUCCAAAAACAACUAAAAGCUCUAUAAAACUAACCUACUUGUGCACCAAAUUCUUCCUAAGACAUACUGUA